AUAAUAUAGAUCAUUGACGCCAUUUUGCGCCGCAUUUGAACCUAUUAUUAUGAUAAGGUUCUCUUUCUUACACGAGCAAUUUCCAUAAGAGGGAAGGAACAAGUAUCCGAAUUCACUAGCUUUCUCCCUUUGUAGUUUUGUACCUACCUAAAUUUUUAUGCGAAAGAUUUGUAAACAUGGUGGCCAAGUAAAGUAAAAUUUAAGUGCUUAGCUGAUGUGAUUCGUUUUUUUCGUGUAUUAUUGGAGAAAAUCAAAGUGAUUACUGCUAUGUAUAUGCAUACCCUGUGAGUGAAAUGAAGAAAUACAUUGUAUUGUAUUUUGGUACAUCUUGACCAACCUUGAAAAAUGGGCACAGAGGUGCCAAAAACUCAAGAUUCAAGUGGUGAUUCGGAUUCAAACAGUGAUUCCGAGAAAAGUACUUCCAGUGGAUCAUCAGGAAGUGACUGGGAAUGUUCUGGUAAUAAACAGAGCAACACGCGGAAACCGCACUUCUCGGUUACAUCUUGUGACACUGGAUUGAAGUUAAAAAUUGCUGCAAUUCCACCACGAAAAUCAACACCUAAAAAAACUGUCAAGCCAUCGGUUAAAAAGAAACCAAAUGAGGUUUCGUCGAAGUCACCAAAAGAUAAACCAGUGAAAAAACAAGUCUCUGAGAGCAGUUCAAGCUCGGAUUCAUGUAGUAAAUGUUCUUCUGAUUCAUCGAGCGAAGAUGAUUUGCCUCUGAAAACUGUUAAGAAGAAUUUGCCGUCUAAAUGUUCACCACAAAAAACAAAAUCAAAAAAUAUUAUAAAAAGUGAUAGUGAUGAAGAAACUUGUGAGAAAGACUUAGCUAAAAGUAAGGAAAAGUCAUGUUCUUUGAAGACUAUUGUUAACGUGAAAAAGAUUAAAAGUGAUGAAACAAACAAUGAUACAAAUGUGAAGAGAGGAGUGGGACGACCGCGCUCAAAGGUGAGUAGUGAAAUUUAUUUUAACACACGAUAA